AUGUCCCAACCACAGCUCGCCCCCUCGUUUCAGGAUUGGCUCGAUGACAACCCCGAACGUAACCAGAACUUCAGCCAGCAAGAGUGGAGCGAACGUGUCACUGUGCGCGAGAUAAUAGCUGUCAUGUUCCAUGCUCCUCUCGAGGAUCUCAACGUCUCCUUCCACCAAGUCAUAAGGCAGCGCAUUGAUGAUAACAUUCGCCCUGGACUUGCGGAAGCCGUCCUCGGGACCCUCGUUACUGGUCUCAAUAACUAUUCUGGCGCUGCAGAUGCAAUCAGAUAUUGCGUAACAGCAGCCAAGGAGAAGAUGGCCGAAUUCAAUCCAAGAUCCAGGGGGUUUGGGGUUGUAGUGGCGUUAGGGGUCCUGGUUCAAAUGUGCCCGGAUUUUGUGGAUGCUCUCGGUUUCACAUCAAAUGGCGUUAGGACUGGCUCUUUUGCACACAGUUUCACGUGGACCUGUAGAGACCUGUACCUAAAUCCUGAUCCUCUGUUCAAAUCGUGGGCAUUGCUUCAUGCAUUUUUGUUUGAAAUGGGAAUGGAUUGGGAUGAUAGUGACCUUGACUCUGAUGAUGCAUUGGAACCGGCCUUCACCAGGCAUCUUGGAUUCCAUAAAGCUGGCUGCAUCUUGCAGAAAUCACUCUCUGAAUGCCCUGUAUUGGUCCCUGAGGUGGUAGGGACGUAUCACAGUAGCCUACUUGCACCGCCAUUUCCUCGUACAACGCGUGACUGUGGCCACGGGUUGUUUCUUACCACCAAGUCCCGGCACAGAAACGUAGGGCAUAACACCGCCUUUAUAUUUCAGCGACAACCCAACCACUCACUCCAACUUAUUUCCCAGUUCAAUUCUAUUGUGGACAUGACUUCCUUUAUUAGCGCGAGCGUCAAUUGCCUCACCGGCUCCAGGCCUGUCACGAACGACUUCCCGCCGAGAAAGCGCCCCAUCCUUUACCAUGACCCUUGUACGACGGAGGAUAUCGCAGAGCAAGUUAUCCAAGCAAUCAUGGGCUCCAAGGAAGGUGGAAAGGACCUCAAGGAGAAGCUCGACGACAUCUGGACCUUGGCCAAACUGGAGCAAUCACUCGAGCAACCCUCCAAUCUGAGCCAACUCCUCAAACAUGCCUUCAACAAGGCUAUAGACAUGACAGAGGGGAUUGAACAUUUCGUCGAACACCAUCCAAUUUUCUGCACGGUCCUUGCUCUGGGGUCCUAG